AUGGGGCUCAACAACCCACAAACCGGCCUGCUGCUGGCGUUCUUGGUUGCUACGAUUACCGCCAACGCAUCGUCGCCGCUACGACCAGCGUCCCAGUCGCGCGAAUCGCCUCAGCAACCAGGUCGAUUUCGAUGUCACAGUCAAGCGGUCUGCGAUCAACUGCGCCAACCCACAUCGCAAGGUGCGAUGCAGGUACCUGUUAACUCCGAAUGCGUCAAGGACUAUCGUUCAGGAGGCUCCUUUUGUGGUUUCUCUGGUGCCGCGUGAGUGCAUACUUGAGAUCGUGCGGUAUCCCCCCCACCCUGCCGCGCUCCGGACCGGGAUGCUGCAUUCAGCGUCGGCCUCGUCGACGCGCGGGGUCGGUCGGUCGGUCGGUCGGUCGAAGCUUUGAAGCUCUGAAGUCCGGUGCUGGCCGAUCUUUCUCGGAUCCAGCGCUAAAACGGAGGUGCCAGCCUGCCAAGCCAACUCUGCACUAAUCACUGACCACAUGCUUGAAACCAUGUAGAUGCUCGGGCGAUACCCAGUGCGAUUUUGGUCGUUGUAGCGGCUCGCUCGAAAGGCGUGGCAUCUGCCUGUAAGUGUCUAUCCUUCAAAUCCGGGGCCUGGACUGUGGGGCCUCUGGCGCUUUCCCGAUAUGCCGAUCCCUUUAUUAAGGGAUUGGGCGUGCGCCGACUCGCGCGCAACCGCCGACGGCCCCCAAAACGAACCCGUCUUUCCCUUCUCAGCCGAGUAGGCUUUACGUCGCGGUCGCGCGCGUCCGGCCGACUCGAAAUACCCAACAUUAUGAGAGAGGCUCCACCACCUCCUACUCGCCAUUCUGCGUGUGCGGCUCGUGCAAUCUAUACUGUCUCUACGUGGAUUCCCGCCUCGUGACCGCCAGCGAUUGAGCCCUUGCGCGCGCCGAAUCAACUCUCUGACCAACCCCAGUUCUGCGACUGCGCAAUCGCUGACUGCGUCUGUUUCUGCUCACUCGGUCCUGCUCGGACGCGCAGUGGUGGGCUUGGCGACGCAUGUGAGGGAUCCGAAGGUCCUGACGAUGCCAUGUGCGCCGGUAAUUUAGGUUGCUCGGGCCAAGCGGGCGACGGUCGGGCUGUUUGUGGUGGCAUUGGCGCCGAGUGCCUAUACUCGGGUCAAUAUUCUCCAGGAGACACGCCGAACAACGCUGCCUGCGUCAGUGGUGAGUCGCGCGUGCCUUUGGCUUUCAUGCCAUUCGUUAUGCCGUUCAUAAGCUAUUCAAGCUGACUUGAUGGUGAGGGUGACAGGUUUCUGCCAUCCGGUCUCGCUCGCAUGCGAAGAUCCCGACAUGGCCGCAGGCCGAUCUGGCUCCAAUACCGCCGGUCUUUCGGAUGAGGACAAUGCAUCGCAAGAGAUCGAGGCUCUGGGUCCCGUCAUCGCGAAAGAGCAACAGCUCCGAGACCCGUCGGCCGCAUCAAAGCCCGUGCCCCCAGCUCGAGUCCCGGACGGCAUGACUUGCCCUAAAGGGCUGUCCGCCUGCCCACUUCGCGCCGAACGCUCGUCGAUCGGUCACGUCUUUGGCUGCGUCGACACAUCAUCUUCCGUGAACCAAUGCGGUGGCUGCAGCCCCGUGAGCGUGGGGCAAUCUCUCGCCAACGAAGACGCGUGGCGGGGGGUAGAUUGUCUCGCCUUGCGAGGCGUUGCCAGUGUCGCAUGCAUUAAUUCUGCAUGCCAGAUCUGUGAGCCCCGGGCUUGUUUGCCUUGCUCUCGUUUUGAAUAUACGCUGAUUGUCUUUGACCUCACAUCCAUCUCCGGACAGUCUCUUGCGCCCCGAACUUCGAGCUGGAUCGUCUCUCAAGAUCUUGCCGCCCCACACGCUACUGGUAG